GCACCGACCCUUCGUCGCCGAGCGCCUCCUCGAGCGCGCCGCCCGUGGCGUCCGAGCCGGCGGCCCCCGAGCAGCGAGCCACGCCCCCCGGUUCCGUGCGCGCGGUCUGGCUCUCCAUCGACCCUCGCUCUGGGCAGGUGCACUUGUACCCGGCAGAGGCAGUGGCGCGCCUGGAGCGUGCCCACCAGGGGGGCGCGGCUGUACAGGUGCCGUUGGCUGGCCUCGGUGGACACUUGGAGCAGAAGGACGGGGCAGUGACCAUGCUGGCCACUUGGGCCAGAAGAGGUCCUGGGCUCAAUGAGAAGCACGGCCGCGAGCUGGGGCAGUGGGCGUUGAAGCCUGAGCCUUGCGCCGCGACCUGCCGAUUCGGAGAGCAGGAGAAAAUCGUGGCGCUGCAGGACAAGUCGUGGUGCUGCAGGGAAAACGUCGUGGCGCUGCCGGAACAAGUCGUGGCACUGCAGGAUAAAAUCGUGGCGUUGCAGGAGGAAGUCGUGGCGCUGCAGACAAGUUAUCGUGGCGCUGCAGGGCAAGAAGUCGUGGCGCUGCAGGAAAGAGUCGCGGCGCUGCAGGAGAGAGUCGUGGAAAAAGUCGCGGCGCUGCAGGAAAGAGUCGCGGCGCUGCGCUGCAGGAAACAGUCGUGGCGCUGCAGGAAGAAGUCGCGAUGCUACAGGAAGUCGUGGCCCUGCAGAGCACAAGUCGUGACGCUGCAUGCAACAAUCGCGGCGCUGCAGGACAAAAAUCGCGGCGCUGCAGGCAGAAACGUCGUGGCGCUGCAGGAAUUUUCGUGGCGCUGCAGGAGAAAGUCGCGGCGCUGCAGGAAAAGUGGUGGGCUGGACAAGUCUCGGCGCUGCAACAUAACAGUUGGGGCGCUGCAGAAAGAAGUCGUGGCGCUGCAGGAAGAAGUCGUGGUGCUGCAGGACAAAUCAAAAGUCGUGGCGCUGCAGGGAGAAGUCGUGGCGCUGCGGGAAACUGUCGCGGCACUGCAGGACAACGUCGUGGAAGAUGUCGUGGCGCUGCAGGGGAAAGUUGUGGCGCUGCAGGAAAAGUCGCUGCGCUGCUGCAACAAAUCGUGGCGCUGCAUGGAGUCUGCAGGAAAGAGUCGCGGCGCUGCUGGGAAACUCGUGACGGACAAGUGGUGGCGCUGCAGGCAAAAAGCCGUGGCGCUGCAGGGGAAGUCUUGGCGCUGA